CGGGACCGGGCGACUUAGGGCCGGCGGCGCCCGCCUCGGCGCUGCUGCAGCGCAGAUCUCUGCGCGGGGACAUCCUGAGGACUUUGUUGCUGCACUCGCCCUUGUGCUGCUGGCCGGCGGGGCCCUGCGCCUCAAAGAUGGCGAGAUGGCUGCCUCGCUCUGCAGACCUGACCCGCUUCUGCCAGAAGCUCAACCGAGUGAAGACCUUGGAGGACGACAUGAUGGAGACRUCCUUCAACAGAUGCCUCUCCACCAUCGACUUGACACUGCUGGGCAUCGGUGGCAUGGUGGGCUCCGGGCUGUAUGUCCUCACAGGCACUGUAGCCAAGGAGAUUGCUGGCCCCGCUGUCAUUGUCUCCUUCAUCAUCGCUGGCUUUGCCUCGCUCCUGGCUGCUCUCUGCUACGCUGAGUUUGGGGCCCGGGUACCCAAGACGGGCUCUGCCUACAUGUUCACCUACGUGUCUGUAGGUGAGAUCUGGGCCUUCCUCAUUGGCUGGAACGUGCUGCUGGAGUACAUGAUCGGAGGAGCUGCGGUGGCCAGGGCGUGGAGCGGUUACCUGGACUCCAUCUUUAACCACAAAAUAAAGAACUUCACCGAGACCCACGUUGGCACGUGGCAGGUGCCCUUCCUGGCACACUACCCGGACUUCCUGGCRGCUGGCAUCUUACUGGUGGCUACCGCGUUCAUCUCCUUUGGGGCCAAGGUUUCCUCAUGGCUCAACCAUGUCUUCUCAGCCAUCAGCAUGGGUGUCAUCCUCUUCAUUCUCAUCAUGGGCUUCAUCCUUGCACAGCCCAAGAACUGGAGUGCUCCAGAAGGGGGUUUUGCUCCGUUCGGGCUGUCAGGCAUCAUGGCCGGAACAGCCACCUGCUUCUACGCCUUUGUAGGUUUUGACGUUAUAGCAGCAUCGAGCGAAGAAGCCAGGAACCCGCAGCGGGCCGUUCCUAGAGCGAUAGCCUUCUCCUUGGGGCUGGCCACUGGCGCCUACAUCCUUGUGUCUAUGGUGCUGACGUUGAUGGUGCCCUGGUAUACGCUGGACCCCGACUCUGCCCUGGCGGACGCGUUUUACCGGAGGGGUUACUCCUGGGCAGGGUUUCUGGUGGCUGCCGGCUCCAUCUGUGCGAUGAACACGGUCCUGCUGAGCAACCUCUUCUCCCUGCCGCGCAUCGUCUACGCCAUGGCGGAGGACGGGCUGUUCUUCCAGGUGUUCUCACGGGUGCACCCCCGCACGCAGGUGCCCGUCAUUGGCAUUGUGGUGUUUGGGGUGCUCAUGGCCCUGCUGGCCCUCAUCUUCGACCUGGAGGCCCUGGUGCAGUUCCUGUCCAUUGGCACGCUGCUGGCCUACACCUUUGUGGCYGCCAGCAUCAUCGUGCUGCGCUUCCAGCAGCAGAAGGUGGAUGUUCCUGCUCAGCCGGCCGGCAGGCAGCCCAGUCCUGAGCCCGGUGAGGGCCCAAACGCCGGCGAGCUGAAAGAGUAUGAGUCCUUCUCUGACAAGCUCCAGCUGGUGGACAGAGACAAGAGCAAAGAGCAGCGGGAGCCCGGGCAGCUGAAGGCUGCUUUCGAGCCCUACCUGGAGUUCCUCAGCGACUUCUACCCGGGCGAGGUGGUCACCGUCGCUGUGGUUACCAUGAUGGUGUCUGCCAUCUGCCUGUGCUCCAUCUUGGUGUUUGGCAACACCCACCUCCACUUGCCAACCUGGAGCUACUCCCUGCUGCUGGUCCUCUUCAGCCUGGGCUUCCUGCUCAGCCUGCUCCUCAUCUGGGCCCAUGAACAGCAGCGCAGCACACAGACCUUCCAGAUACCCCUGGUGCCCCUGUCCCCAGCCCUGAGCAUUGUCCUGAAUAUUUAUCUCAUGUUGAAGCUCAACUACAUGACAUGGCUCCGGUUCGCUAUCUGGCUGAUCAUAGGCCUGCUCGUUUACUUCGGCUACGGCAUCUGGCACAGCAAGGAGAACCUGCGGGAGCCCAAGGCGCAGCGCGUGAGCGCCCGCUACGUGGUCUUCCCCAGCGGCAGCCUGGAGGAGACGGUACAAGCGGUGCAGCCGAGCGCCCAGCCCGCCGCGGGGCUGCCCCACGCGCACGCUGACGAGUCCAAGAGAUGACGUUGCCGAGGACGGGGCCUCGGUGCCGCCGCGGCGCUCGCAGCCCUGGCCCCCCUCACGCAGGCAAGGCCUAAACUCCCCGCUCACCCCAGCCUCGUCUGCAGCGAGAGCCUCCGUGGCCAGGCCUGCCCUCCGUGUGUGACCCUGUCCGGGGGAGACAGGGCUCGCGCAUCCCCCCAGCUCCCGACCGAGCGUGGCAGYGUGGAGCCGGCUCCCUCUCGUCCCACCUUGAGCGCUCGGGAAGCAGCUUCCGUCCUGCGAGCCCUAGUGCCUGGCGUGGUGAUAAGGACCCUCGUCCUCACCACAUUCCCUGGAGCCCCCCGCCUGGGCACCCAAUCUGCCCGUCCUGGCCACCGCGCGGGCUCUUUCUGCAGCCCUGCUGGGAGGCAGGGCCGGCUCGAGGCCCUUGGGCCCGACAAGGAGCCAAGGGCGCUUCCCUGCCUGCAUCCCUGUGCUCCGCAGGGCCGUCGGGAUGGCGCAGCCCUGGCACCCAGACCUGCUCCCGCCACGCAGGCCCCUGCCUUAGCCCUGCACAAGGUGGGGAYGCUCAGGACCCCGGACUUGUCACCUCCCGGGCUGCUCCACAGUGGGCACAGCUGGUUCUCAGCCCUUCUCCAUCCACCUGGGCCUGGACCAGCACGGGCCAGGAACGCUCAGUCCUCCCUGCCCGCUCCUGCUGGGCCCCAUACAGGCCAGGGCUCACAAUGGGGUGGUUGUGGGGUGACCCCAGGGCCCCCUGCUCAGCAGCUCUGUUGAGGUGACCCCAGCAAAGACACUGCCGUUGGCCAGGUGACCACAUGGCCAACCCCUGCUCGAAUGCCUGAAUGUCUUUAACAC